AUGAAAGGCCAGAACCCCCAGACCACCACCAGAACGUUGCAACAGCAACACACCACCCCCACAACCACAUCAUACCCUCAACACCUACCACAACAAAACCCACCCACACAACAACAACACCCACAACAAACAUCACAUCCUCAGCAACCAACGGAAUACAACCCACCUCCACUACAGCAACAACAACCACAGCAACACAGACACCAAGAACCCAGUAUAGGCAGCAGAAACCCCCACCAAUCAGAGACGCAAUCCACCUACACAACAACCACAACAAGACCAACAACGGGGAACACAUACCACAGAGACCCCAGACAGACGCAAAACCAAGACACAAGCAGCACACCCACACCUGCCUCAAACCCCAUGUCCUUCUACUCCACAUCAACUCGGAAAACCAAAACCCCUACUUCCCACCCCACCCAAUCACAUGAACACACCCCCACCCCCAACUCCACCCGUGACGGUAGUACCAGUGCCGAAAGUCAGCACAACACCGUAGAGCAGUCACCAGAAAACCCACCUACCGCCUCAGUAAAGACGACUUUAGGAGGGAAUAGAGAAAAUUGUGAGGUUGAAGAUGUGUCUACAGGUUUUGAGGAACUUUCGGAGGAUGAGGAUAUCCCCUCAGAAUUUCCCUUGUAUUUUGAGGUAAAUUACAUCGGAGUCAUCAGAGGAAGGGGUGGAAAUCGCAGAAGAGCUAGUCCAUCAUUUCCAAUUUCCCACUGGAAUAUGAACCUAAGAACUCAACGGUCUAUGCCUCGAACAAACAACAGUCUCGAAGGAUUUCAUAGUGCUCUAUCAAAUAAUGCUCAACAACCUCACCAUAACCUAUGGAAACUCAUGGAUCGUCUCAUGAAGGAGGAAGUUUUGUCCCAAACAAAAGUGCUUCACUGGAAAGAGGAGAUGAGAGAUCUACUACCAAUAAGUAUAAGAACAUAA